GGCGCGCCACCACUUAUUGAUGCAAAUGGUGAUGGAAUUGGUAAGUACAAUAUCUACCAAUUGAACGAUUUAGGCUCUUACCAGAAAGUCGGCAAAUGGAUUGCUGGGAGGAAGCUCGAUCUCAACGUCGAGCGCGUCAGGAACGGACUAAAGAACUGGAGAGGUGCGCUGCCGCUGUCAGUAUGCAGCACUGAUUGUCCACGGGGACAUUAUCGAGCAUAUCAGGACCAAAGUUGUUGUUGGACCUGUAUUCCGUGUGAUGUAUCAACAUCCAUUAUCAUAAACGAAACAAGUUGUGUACAGUGCCCGCUAGGACAUGCGCCCGACGAGGAUCUGCUUGUAUGCCGGCCGAUAUUGCCGACUACGCUCGAAUACGAUAGUCCUUGGGUUGUGCUACCAGCCGCGUUCUCGGCUGUCGGAAUCGUCGCUACACUCUUUGUUGUUGGAGUGAUUUUUGAAAAUCAUUUUUUUAUUACUUUUCACGGAAGACCCGCUGAAAUUCUGAACUUUGAGAAGAAAGAAUAUGAAACGUUAGAAGAAAUUUCUAAAGCGGUUUGGCUAGGCGAUGCUUUGCCCUGGGUGACGCUUCAGUCACUGGCGGGGAAGGUUACGCGCUAA